CCCCAAACGUACUCCGUAGAAACAUGCAGAACCACCCGACAUUUUACCCUAUUCCGAAAAUGCGAGGUUGUGUCAUUACGUAUCGGUCCGAACCGACCGGCCGCAUUUGUUUCGGACCGAGAGAGAGAAAAAGCUCGCGACACAAACAUACAAUUGACCUCGCUAAGUUGUAUAUAUGGAUAGUAGUACAUCAGGAUACCGGUUGAGAACGAUGUUUGCGGAGACCCAAGGAGCAAAUUUACCCAAAUCACAAUCUCGACGUUGACUGAACAAUCCAGCCCAGUUAACUAAUACUGCACUUGAUUUGAAUACAUAGGUAGAUCUUCUACAAGAAUGCCAUCUGUAUCUACUACUCCCUUUGCCGACCCUCUGUGGUUGAGUCGUGGCUACAGUCCCUACUACAAGGACUCCCAUAGACGCCUACAAAAGGAGGUCCGCGCAUAUAUUGAGACACAUAUUGUGCCAUUCUGUGGAGAAUGGGAGAAACAGGGAGUUGUCCCAGCGGAGGUCCAUCGACGGCAUGCAGAACUUGGUUACACCGCAGCUACUCCAUUUCCCCUCGCCGUGGGACAUUUGCAAGGACAGAAACUCCCAGCUGGGAUUGACUCCCAGGAAUGGGACGGAUUUCAUGAUUUAAUUUUGAUUGAUGAGAUUGCCCGUUGCGGAUAUCUCGGGGUCAUCUGGGCGCUAGGAUGCGGGAAUUCGAUCGGUGGCCCGCCUGUGAUUAACUUUGGUAACGAGGAGCAGAAACGGAGGUUUCUUCCCGAUAUGCUCAAAGGCAAGACCCGGUUCUGCUUGGGUGUUACGGAGCCCGAUGCCGGAUCUGAUGUUGCGGGAAUUACUACUACUGCUGAACGACACGGGGAUAUAUAUAUCGUAAACGGCGCAAAGAAAUGGAUCACCAAUGGCAUUUUUGCCGAUUACUGUACUGCUGCUGUUCGCACCGGGGGCGAAGGAACGAGGGGAAUAUCGGCUCUAGUGAUUCCUCUGAAGGGCCCCGGAGUGACGUGCAGGAAGCUAGAUAAUUCCGGUGUUCAUGCCAGCGGAUCGACCUAUAUUGAAUUUGAUCAGGUGGAAGUCCCGGUUGCUAAUUUGCUUGGAGAAGAGAACAAAGGGUUCCCAAUCAUUAUGAACAAAGGCACUGAACAAAAUCCAGACUUUAACCACGAACGUCUGUGGCUUGCCUGUACUUCUCUUCGUAUGGCCCGUGGAUGCGCGGAAGACGCCUACCUGCACGCUAUAACUCGGGAGACAUUCGGCAGGAAACUCAUCGAAAACCAGGUCAUUCGCGCUAAAUUUGCUGCAAUGGCUCGUAGUCUAGAUUCCACAUACGCAUGGAUGGAGCAGCUAGUAUACAUGUCCGAGAUGGCGAAGAAGAAUCAUACUGAUAUGGCAAUGGGUGGCUUGUUUGCUAAUCUCAAAGUUCUCGCGGGACGAACCCUCGAGUUGGUAAACAGGGAAGCUCAACAGAUUAUGGGGGGGUUAGGAUAUUCGAAGAAUGGCCGUGGUGCGAAGAUUGAGCAGGUGAGCCGCGAUACUAGAGUGAUGGUAGUAGGCGGAGGGAGUGAAGAGAUUCUGUCCGAAUUGGCUGUGAGCCAGGAGAUUAAGGCGAUGAAUAAACUGCAGAGUAAGCUGUGAAAGC